AUGUCGUCGAUGGUAGUACAAGAUGAAGUUGGAGAUCAGGAUUAUAACAAAUUUGGAACGUUUCGUCGUUCUCUACGACAAAUCAAUCCAUUUAAAAGUCGGUUGUUUCGAUUGCCAGCUACUCCUAGGCUUACCAGGGCUAGAAAAGGUAGGAUAACAUCAUUUUUAUUUUACAGUGUGUAAUUUUAUAUUUUGACUUUGUCAUUUUGUAUGCUGUGAUUAUGAACAUUGCUCGUAUUUUACAAUUUUAAAUUUGGUUUGGAGGUAAUGACUAUUUUAGGUCUAAGCAAAGCCGAAGAAGUGACCAGUUGGAACUUCGAACGCCCGUUGUACGGCUCCCACAUGACCAAUUCUACAGUAACCGCGGCCGAAACCCAAUCCACAUGUUCCUACGAGCCCAACCCAAUGUGCCGGACGAUUCCGUCGGACAGUCCGGCCAUAAUGCGCCAACUCCCACCAAAAGAAGUGGCAGUUGGUGGAAGUUGUCGAGUUCGAAACAAUCGACACUCUCGACCUCCACUCCCGAGCUAUGUAAGUGUUAAAAUGGCGAUCCAUCAUUUUUGAGAUGCCUUCAGGGAGAUAAUGACCCACUGAGGGCCGAUGAUGACAAAUAGGUUGGGGGGAAUUUGUUUCAAUUUGAUUUUUGGCCAUUUUUAUAUUAAGUUGUUCAAAAAAUAAUAAGCUAAAAUUUGAAUUAUUUUUUAAUAGAAGUUUGUCCAAAAAGUAAUGAGCCAUAUCUGAUUAUGAAAACCAAUUUUAAUGGCGCAUUAUUUCUUGAACAACAAAAUAUUUUUAAAAAUUUAUAUUUCGGUUUUUAAAGGUUAAAUCAGUACCAUUGACGUAUUUUACCCCUUUCAGCACCCGCCGAACGCUCAAGAAGCGGAAGAAGUGAUUCAUGAGCACAUGAAGAACCUAAUGGUCAACCCCACCAAUCAACGCCUCCAAUUCCUCCCCAAUACCUCAUACGACCCGCAGGGCGAAAUGUACGAUGCCUCGUGGCGCGAUUUUAAAAGUAAUAUACUGGAAGGUCCUUCGACUCAAUCGACUAUAUCUUGCCUACCGACCGGUCGGCAGGCGAUGAGAUCGUUGAGUUAUGGAGCGAGAGAUGAGACGCCUACUACAAGACACAGACUUCAGUACCAUUUGAAUGGACUGUUGCACCAGCCGAGCAUGAAAAGUUUGGUGGAUCGGAGCACGGUGCUUAAGAAUAAGGUAAUUUUGCGAAACAGUGCCAUACAAAUAGUAUUUUACAAAAAAAUUUAUUACCUAAAAACCAAAAUCAUACCCAAAUAUCUGCUAUUUCCACCCAAAUACCAGCCAUUUCAGCCUUCAUUCCUCUUCGAAAUGCAAGACUUCACGGCCGAAAACAGUGGAGAAGUUGUGUUUUUGGGCCGAGAAUGGCUGUUCAAAGAACUUCAUCAAACUGUCAUAGCCGAACAAGCUCGAAUCACGUUGAUUCGUGGCGCUCACGGUACUGGGAAGACAUCGAUAAUGCGACAACUUCUACUUCAUUCCCCUUUUUAUUCAAAGAAGGUAGGGUUUGACAACAAAAACAUUUUAAAAACUUUUAAAAAAGAAGUAACAAUGCCUUCAGAAGCUUUCACAGAGCCUUCUGUAAGCUAAAUCUUCGAAAAACACCCCCAAAACCCCCGUAAACCUGCCCAUUUUCAGAAUUCCAAUGGCGACACAGUGGACUCAGGUAUUGUAGUAGGCUCUCAAAGCUCCAACGAAUCCUCGUUAAGCUCCAAGAACUACGAAUGGCUUCGCAAAGUGUCAAACAAGGUCGUAGCUUAUCAUGAAUGUCAUCUUUAUGCUUCAAACACCUGUGGCAUUCCAGAAUUCAUUCAAAAUACAGCAUCGUAUCUUCGUACUGCCAUCAAGGAGUACAAUGAUGUUAUAGAGGACGAUGAUGGUCUUCAAAAGCUGCUGGAAGAUGAGAAUGAGGUUUUGAAGUUCUCACCAAAGCAGUUGUUUAAGAAACUGUUGGUUGAUCCAUUAAUGAUGGUUGAUAAGGUAGAUCAGAAGCCAGAUGUAGCCUUGAUAGUGAUUGAUGCCAUAGAUGAAGCAGAGUUUCAUCGUAACGAGAACGGAGAGUCUAUCUCAUGGUUGAUACGAGAAUGUAGCAAUCUUCUACCUUCAUGGACCAAAUGGAUCCUCUCCGCGUCGGCCGAGAACCUUCCCUUUGCCGGCGCCGAGGCCCGCUCCCUCUGGAUCGAUGAUAUGGAGCUGGACGAACGUGUAGCCAGAGAUAUGCGCCUUCUGGUCGAUUACCGUCUAUCAGCCAAUCCUACGCUAGAAAAACGAAUCUGCGAACGAUGCCCUCAGGCGGCGAAUCAAAUUCUUUGCGAAUUCAUCGACGAAAUCGUCGACCGCGCCAAAGGCAACGCUCUGUUCAUCAUGCUUCUGAUGGACAUAAUCGAAAACGACCUCAUCAACAUGCGCAACAUGGCCAUUGCGUUGUUGCCGCAGGACUUGAACCACCUCUACCUCCUCUAUUUUAAUUGUAUAUUCACUUCGAUUCAACAGUUUCACGCUGCCUCCACCGUGAUGAGUGUGAUAUUGGCGUCGCUGAGGCCGCUCACCUUCGAACAGUUAUUGAAAAUCAUGAAUUCGGGUAACGCAAACUACGGUAUUUCUCCCAAGGAGCUGGAAAACAGGUAAUUUUUGGAUUUAUUUUGAAUUUUAGGUAAUAAUUUUGAUCUUUUGGCCAUAAACUUGGAAGUUAGGCCAUAAUUUUGUAAGUUAGGUAACAUUUUUAAUUUUUGGGCCAUAAUUUUGAAGUUUAGGUAAUAAGAAUUCAAUUAUUUUUGGUAAACGUAUUUUACAUUCCAGGUUAAAUUUAUUGAACCCAUUUGUAUGUAAAUUAUCUACUGGAGCCUACAUCCAAUGUCAUAACUCUCUCAGGGAAUGGUUAUUGCAUGGUAGUAAUCAUACUGAUUACCUUAUCAAUGUUAGGUGAGUAACUUUUCCUACUCUGCCCUACUCUACUUUACCCUACCCUACCAUACCAUACCAUACCCUACCCACCCUACCCUACAUUACCCUACUCAACAUAAAUCUUUACCUUUCAGAUACGGUCACCUCCUCCACGGCUUAUAUUACACAAGAAAAGGUGACAGUUCACCGGAAGAUCUAUUUGAGCUAGGCCACCAUCUCCUCAAAGCCAACCCUCACAAGUACAUGCCAGCUGAUAUGGCACCGGAAAUGCCCGUAGGCCGUGAUGCUCAAGUCCUCUGGAUUCAACGAUGUGCUGGUACCAAAGUACAGAACGCUCUACUGUACCAACGAAACGUAUUCUACCCGAACAACAAGGUAACUCGUCUACUGCUGAUGGCCGGAGCUCAAACCAAUGUAUUUUGGCACAGUAACAACGAGCCCUUACUUUGUUCGUAUGCCAAAAGUGGCAAUGUGGUACUACUACAACUGCUGAUCCACUAUGGAGUAGAAGUGAAUUGUUGCAGUCGAUCGACCGGUCAAACACCACUAAUGCACGCUGUAAGAGAAGGUCACGAAGAAGCGGUAAAGCUACUUCUAGAAGCCGGCGCUGAUGUCAGUAUGAGAGACAGUAUCGGUCAUACUGUAAUGGUGCAUGCUGUAUAUGCAAAAUCUGUUCGUAUGUUAGAGUUAACAUACGAUUGCGAAUGGAAUGAGCAGAAUACCAAGAAUGAACAAGUAAAACAAUGUCUGGAGCUGGCUACAAAGUCAGGCAUAUUACCCAUCGUCGAGUUCAUCCUCAACAAAACUGACGUCAACGUGAACCUGGUGGAUAAUAUGCUGAUUGCUUGUUCUAACGGUCAAUUAGAACUAGUACAAUACUUUUUAAGUAAAGGAGUUACAUUGAGUAAAGACCAGCGAUACGAUGGUAAAUCAUCGUUAAUAUGCGCUGUAGAAUCUGGAUCGUACGACUUGGUUAAAAGUGUUUUAAAUGGAUAUGAUGGAGAUGUUAACAAGGACUUGGUCGAUGGAACACAGCAAAAUGCUCUUAUUGUGGCUAGCAAACUAGGACAUAUUGGAUUGGUUGAUGUUUUGCUAGGAAGAGGUAAUAAAUUUGACUUUAUUUAUAUUGUAGUAGAUAGUUAUUGUCUUAUUCUUUAAAUAACUCAUUAUUUAAUAAUAGCACGUAGCUGUAAAAUUGUGACAAGUACGUAAUGACCCAUUUCAUUAUUUUUACAACAUGUUUUGACCCAACGUUAACCUUUUCAGGUGUGCAUAUUAACCAUCAAGACGUAGAUGGCCUUACAGCCUUAUCUCAUGCCAUAAUUAAUGAACAAUUCUCAUUAGCGUCGCUGUUAGUCAAUAAAAAAGCGGACAUUAAUGUAGUUGACAAUAAUGGCAACACUUUACUACAUCUACUAGCUAUACAUCACAACAAAUCUCUGGUAGAUAGACUAUUAGAAACUGGACUACAAGUUGAUGCCAAGAAUAAUGAUGGUAGGUUAAGAUAUUGAAGUAAUGCUAGAAAUAACGUCUAAGGACCCACGUUUGUUAAAAAAUAAUUUUAAGCUGCAAAUUUAAAGAUAAGAAAGCUAUUAUUCAAAAUUAAAAACCAACACCUUUGUUUCUAUACCUACAUCAAUAUAAUUGUUCAUAAAACCAUAAUUUUAGGAAUGCGACCAGUUGAAAUAGCUCUGACAAACGGCAAACAAAAUGCCGUAGACGUUUUCCUACGUCGUGGAGCCCGUUUGCGCUCUCUAACCUGGAAAAUCGCCGCAGAAUCCAAUCCUCAACAUGUCAUUUCUCUCAUUCGAAAACUCUUCGACGACGGCCGAACCUUAUACCGAAGAAACCGCUUCGACGAAGCCAUGCAUCGUUUCCACCACGCCCUAGAGAAGUGCACAGAGUUCCUAAUAGAAGAAAACACCUUCACACCACUCAUCGCAUCCACUACAACAACCAAAAAUGGCAAAAACUCCAACACCAUUGAAGCGAUUCAACCUCAGCUCAGGCUAUGCAAAUGCGAACUUCUAUAUACCGUGGCGGACAUAAAACGACAAUCCAAUGAGUUCACAGAAGCUGUGAAGUUGGCUGGAGAGGCGCUACGCUUCGCUGACACCGAGAAUGUGGCCUUCCAAUUACAUUACUUUAGGGCCAAGUGCUACUUCGAUCAGGGAAAAGUGCACGACGCUCGUGCUGAAGCUCAAUUAGCUGCCACACUGAAACCAGACAAUGGAGAUAUACAAGUGUUAUUAACUGCCUUGAAUUCACCCCGUGUUUAA